AGAAUAGGAGAAUGGCAAAGUAAGAGCAGCCACCUUAAGCUCUUUCGUGACUUUGAAGAGUGGUUACAAGGAGAAAAUAUCAAACUGGCCGAAGUCCUUGCUGCGGAGUCAUCUUCUGUGGAAGAAACAAAGGCUCGACACAUCAAGCUGGAGGAACUCCAAUCUCGUGUUCCUGAUGGUCAGCAUCUCUUUGAAGAGCUUCUUCAUCUUCAUCCUGUCACUGGAAACUCUGAAGAUCUGGAGGACUUACGAUACCGAUGGAUGCUCUACAAAUCUAAACUGAAAGAGGCCCUGAGCUCGCCGACUCCUAGAUCUUUGGAAGGACCAGACAGAUUCAGAAAGGUAUGA